AUGAAGUAUCACGUCCUUUCAAUACUCAUUCUUUUUUCGUUAAAAUUAUCAACUAGAGCAUCUUUGAGUAUUGAAAGUUCAGAGCGCGAAGAGGGACAAGCUAGAAUUCUUUAUGGGGAAAUACCCAAAAUAUACGAACAGCCCUAUUUAGUGGACCUUGUGGUCGUUUUUAACAAUGGAAAAAUAAAAAAUUGUGCCGGAGCUUUGGUCUCAGAAAAAUACGUCCUCACAGCUGCUCAUUGUAUUAAGAAUUCAAAGGACAUUUGGUCCGUGAACGUAAUCUAUGGUACCCUCAAUCUUAAAGACACUGACAAACCAUACCAAACAACUAAUCAAACUAUCGUACACCCUUUGUAUGAGGUCAGUAAUGAUGGGUUUGCCCGAAACGAUAUUGCAUUAGUUAAAUUGCUUAAGCCAGUACGCCUAAGCAGACAAGUAGGAUUGAUAAAAUUGCCAGACAAAUCACAGGUUAAGAAGAGAUUUAAGGGAGCUAAAGCUGUAGUUGCCGGCUGGGGGCUUACAGAAAAUGCUACCAAUUCGUUCGUUUUGAAGAAAGCAAUCGUUACAGUCCCGGAAGAUGACUUACUAUGUAGAGGACCCAAAUACUUGAUUUGUGCCUUCGGAAAAAAAGACCAAACGCCGUGUUCCGGCGAUUCUGGAUCGCCUCUAGUUUGGAGAAAAAAAUUUAUAAUCGGGAUUUUAUCCAGCGGUAAUUGUUUGAGCGAGUCUUACUAUACCCGAGUGACUAUGUAUUUGGACUGGAUAGCGAAAAAUAGCGAUGUAAGAAUUAAACAAUAGAAAUAAAGGAUUUUAUUAUU